AUGGCGGCAGCCGCGACGAUGGUGAGCUCGGCGGGAGGUUUAUUGGCGAUGCUGAACGAGACUCACCCGGCUCUUAAGUUACACGCGCUUUCAAAUCUCAACGCCUUUGUUGAUUACUUCUGGCCCGAGAUUUCCACCUCCGUACCCAUAAUAGAAAGUUUAUAUGAAGAUGAAGAGUUUGACCAAAGACAACUGGCAGCAUUACUUGUUUCGAAGGUUUUUUAUUAUCUGGGUGAACUUAAUGACUCCUUAUCCUAUGCCCUUGGAGCUGGCCCUCUAUUUGAUGUUUCAGAGGAUUCAGACUAUGUAAAUACCCUACUUGCUAAAGCAAUAGAUGAAUAUGCCAAUUUCAAGAUUAAGGCUGCUGAAGGGAAUGACGAAUCUGUGGUGGUGGAUCCUAGAUUAGAGGCAAUUGUUGAGAGAAUGCUUGAUAAAUGUAUAUUAGAUGGAAAAUAUCAACAAGCUAUUGGAAUGGCCAUUGAAUGCCGAAGACUGGAUAAGCUCGAGGAAGCAAUUAUAAAGAGUGACAAUGUUCAUUCAAUUAUUAAUUAUUGCAUUGAUAUCUGUCACUCGUUUGUUAAUCGAAGAGAAUAUCGACGUGAGGUGCUUCGUCUUCUUGUCGAAGUAUACCAGCAAUUGCCUUCGCCGGAUUAUUUAAGCGUUUGCCAACGCCUCAUGUUUCUGGAUGAAUCGGAUGGUGUUGCAAGUAUAUUGGAAAAAUUACUACGAUCAGAUAAUAAGGACGAUGCUCUGCUUGCAUUUCAGAUAGCCUUUGAUCUUGUGGAGAAUGAGCACCAAGCUUUCCUUUUGACAGUGAGAGAUAGGUUGUCGAGUCCCAAAUUACAACCUUCAGAGUCUGUGCAGUCAGGUUCUUCAGAACCAGAUUCUGUGCGAGAUGGAAAUGCCACUUCAACAGAAGAUGUUCAAAUGAUGGAUGGAACUCAAGUAGAUAAUAGUGUGCCGCAUACUGAUCCAAACGAUGCAAUUUAUGCUGAGAGGUUAACAAAAAUCAAAGGAAUUUUGUCAGGAGAGACGUCUAUACAGUUGGCUCUGCAAUUUUUAUACAGUCAUAACAAGUCAGAUCUUCUUACACUGAAGACAAUAAAACAGUCUGUUGAGAUGAGAAACAGUGUCUGCCAUAGUGCUACUAUAUAUGCUAAUGCAAUUAUGCAUGCUGGAACAACUGUGGAUACAUUCCUCAGGGAGAAUCUGGACUGGCUGAGCAGGGCAACAAAUUGGGCUAAAUUCAGCGCAACAGCAGGACUGGGUGUUAUACACAGUGGCCAUCUGCAGCAAGGAAGAUCGUUGAUGGCACCUUACUUGCCGCAGGGUGGGGCAGGUGGUGGUGGCAGUCCAUACUCAGAAGGUGGAGCACUGUAUGCUCUGGGUUUAAUUCACGCAAACCAUGGGGAGGGCAUCAAACAAUUUCUUCGAGAUAGCCUAAAAAGUACCAAUGUUGAGGUUAUUCAGCAUGGGGCAUGCCUAGGUCUUGGUUUGGCAGCUUUAGGCACUGCUGACAAUGAUGUCUUUGAUGACAUAAAAAAUGUGCUGUACACGGACAGUGCUGUUGCUGGUGAAGCUGCUGGUAUUAGUAUGGGUUUACUAAUGGUUGGAACUGCAAGUGAGAAGGCUGGGGAAAUGCUUGCUUAUGCACACGAGACACAACAUGAAAAGAUUAUCAGGGGUUUGGCACUGGGAAUAGCACUUACAGUCUAUGGAAGAGAGGAAGAAGCUGAUACACUGAUUGAGCAAAUGACUCGGGAUCAAGACCCUAUAUUGCGCUAUGGUGGCAUGUAUGCAUUGGCGUUGGCAUACAGGGGAACUGCUAACAAUAAGGCCAUCCGCCAAUUGUUACAUUUUGCAGUGUCAGAUGUGAGUGAUGAUGUCAGGCGGACUGCUGUCCUGGCUCUUGGGUUUGUCUUGUACUCUGAUCCAGAACAGACUCCUCGGAUUGUUUCCCUGUUAUCUGAAUCUUACAACCCACAUGUUCGGUAUGGUGCAGCAUUGGCAGUUGGAAUUUCAUGUGCAGGUACUGGUCUCAGCGAGGCCAUAUCAUUGCUAGAGCCUCUGACAUCAGAUGUCGUUGACUUUGUUCGUCAAGGUGCUCUCAUUGCAAUGGCCAUGGUGAUGGUCCAAAUCAGUGAGGCCAGUGAUUCGCGUGUUGGUGUAUUCAGACGACAAUUGGAAAAAAUUAUUCUUGAUAAGCAUGAAGACACCAUGAGCAAGAUGGGUGCUAUUUUAGCUUCUGGCAUUCUUGAUGCUGGUGGAAGGAAUGUGACCAUAAAGUUACUGUCUAAGACAAAACAUGACAAAAUUACUGCUGUUGUUGGUCUUGCUGUGUUCAGCCAGUUUUGGUACUGGUACCCGCUUAUAUAUUUUAUUAGCUUGGCAUUUUCACCCACUGCUUUUAUUGGUCUGAACUAUGACCUUAAAGUGCCAAGAUUUGAGUUCCUAUCACAUGCAAAGCCAUCACUGUUUGAGUAUCCCAAGCCAACUACUGUACCCACCACCACUUCAGCUGUCAAGCUUCCUACAGCUGUUUUAUCAACAUCAGCAAGAGCCAAGGCUAGGGCUAGUAAGAAAGAGGCGGAAAAGGCCAAUGCAGAAAAGCCAUCUGGAGCGGAGUCGAGUUCCACCGGAAAGGGAAAAUCAAGUGAUAAGGAUGGGGAUUCCAUGCAGGUAGAUAAUCCUGCAGAUAAGAAGGCAGAACCAGAGCCAUCGUUUGAAUUGUUGACCAACCCUGCCAGAGUGGUACCUGCUCAAGAAAAAUUCAUCAAAUUUCUUGAAGAUAGCAGAUAUAUGCCAGUGAAGUCAGCGCCCUCAGGAUUUGUGCUUUUAAAAGAUCUACGUCCCAAUGAACCUGAAGUAUUGUCUCUCACUGAUACACCCUCAUCUGCAGCAGCAUCGAAUGCUGGUGGAUCAGUUACUGGACAACAGGGCUCAGCCUCAGCAAUGACUGUUGAUGAGGAGCCCCAGCCUCCACAGCCAUUUGAAUAUACAUCGUGA